CCCAGCGUGCUGCUGACAAACGCCUUUACAGUUGUAGAUUUGAUUUAAAAAAGGUCCUAACAGCAAUUAAACGCGUGUUUAGUUUAUAGCAUCCAAACACCCCGUGUGGUUUGUUAAUGAAUUAGACAUGACCGUGCUAUCAGGGUUACGAACGGAUCCGUUACGUUAUAAGAAGUGAUUCCGGUUCAGUGGCAGGUUUGAACUCUCUGGAAAGUGACCAUUGUUGUAAUCAGGUCGAGGCUGUUACCAUCUCUACUUGCUGACUUUCUUAGUUUUUUUACGGGUUAAACGUUACAGCGGGACAAACAGAGCAAGCUUUUUAGAGUGUCAUGAAAGAAAUGUCCAGCACCAUGCCUGGUGGGCAGCAGCCUCAGAAACACUAUGGCAUCACCUCUGCCAUUAGCCUUGCACCCCCACGAGAAAUAGACCACCAGUACACCAAGAAGCUCUGUGAUGCUAUGAAGCCUUUUGGGGUGUUUGAAGAUGAAGAGGAAUUGAACCAUAGACUUGCAGUUCUUGGGAAGUUGAAUAACUUUGUUAAAGAAUGGAUCGCAGAGAUCAGUGAAUUAAAGAACCUUCCACCAUCAGCUAUAAGCUGUGUUGGGGGCAAGAUAUUUACAUUUGGUUCAUACCGUCUUGGAGUGCACACAAAAGGAGCUGAUAUUGAUGCCUUAUGUGUGGCUCCACGCCACGUAGAAAGAAGUGACUUUUUCCAGUCUUUCUUUGAGAAAUUGAAACAGCACGAAGAGAUCAAAGACCUGAGGGCUGUCGAGGAUGCUUUUGUACCAGUGAUCAAAUUCAAAUUUGAUGGAAUAGAGAUUGACCUGCUUUUUGCCAGACUGGCCUUACAGUCCAUUCCAGACAACCUGGACCUAAGGGGGGACUCCAUCCUGAGAAACUUGGACAUUCGUUGUAUCCGCAGCCUUAAUGGCUGUCGAGUGACAGAUGAAAUUUUGUAUCUAGUGCCAAACAAAGAAAACUUCAGACUGACAUUGAGAGCCAUCAAACUGUGGGCAAAACGUCGCGGCAUCUACUCCAACAUGCUGGGGUUUCUGGGUGGAGUGUCAUGGGCCAUGCUGGUGGCCAGGACCUGCCAGCUCUACCCAAACGCUGUUGCUGCCACGCUCGUCCACAAGUUCUUCUUGGUUUUCUCCAAAUGGGAGUGGCCGAAUCCUGUGCUAUUGAAACAACCUGAGGACAGUAAUCUGAAUUUACCUGUGUGGGAUCCUAGAGUGAACCCAUCUGACAGAUACCACCUGAUGCCCAUCAUCACACCUGCCUAUCCCCAGCAGAACUCCACAUACAACGUCUCCACGUCAACACGCACCAUCAUGAGCGAGGAGUUCAAAUACGGUCUCAGCGUCACAGAUGAGAUUCUUCAGGGAAAAGCAGAAUGGUCCAAGCUCUUUGAGCCACCCAAUUUUUUCCAAAAGUACAAGCAUUACAUCGUUCUGACUGCCAGUGCGUCCACAGAAGAAAACCACUUAGAAUGGAUUGGUCUGGUGGAGUCCAAGAUCCGUGUUUUGGUGGGAAACCUGGAGAGGAAUGAGUACAUCACCCUGGCUCAUGUCAACCCACAGUCCUUCCCUGGGUCCAAAGAGAACCGCAAUGAGAACGACUUUGUGUCCAUGUGGUUCAUCGGGAUCAUCUUCAAGAAAGUGGAGAAUGCAGAGAGUGUGAAUAUUGACCUGACAUACGACAUCCAGUCCUUCACAGACACUGUGUACAGACAAGCCAACAACAUUAACAUGCUGAAGGAUGGGAUGAAGAUUGAAGCAACACAUGUAAAGAAGAAACAGCUCCACCAGUACCUUCCUGCUGAACUGGUGCAGAAGAAGAAGAGGAGCAUAGCGGAGUUGAACCGUAGCUCUAAUGGGGGGAGCUCUAAGAGGAUCUCUCUGGACAGCAGUCACCUGGACAGCUCCAGAGACACAGACUCAGGGACUCCCUUUAGCUCCCCAACCAGCAAACCCUCCAAGCCCACGUCUGACACAGAAGACAAUGUCAGCCCUCCCAAGCAGCUUUUUGUGGAAGGCUCCCCAGCACCCAGUGCAGCACCUGCUGCUACAGACCAGGGCAUGUCCAUCCCUGUCAUCGGCUCAAAGCCACCGGUUAAAGCGAAGGCUCCUUCUCCACCAGCCAGCAGCUCCGUCACCACAGUGCUGAGCGGGAAUGUGAAGCCCAACACCACUAGCAGCCCCAGAGAGGAGCCCAACGGCUUGGAGGACUCCGUCAAUGGAGCUCCUGCCAAGAGACCGCACUCACCUACACAAGAGGACCUGGCCAAGAGGCACAAAGACACAGAGGUGGUGUCCAAUGAUGACUCUACUUUCAAAGAGCCAUAUCCACCAUCUUCUGACUCCCAUAUGCAUGGAGAAGGACCCAACAUUACUCUUUCUGGAUCAAAGGCUAAGCCCAUUCCAACCAUCGAUACCUCAAGAACACAGAGACUUCCCAGCAUGGAGCUGCCAGACGCCUCCUCGCCUCUCCCAGCCAGCAACAGCUGUCGCGUUGUGAAAAAUUCCAUUAAACUGGCCCUGAACCGCCACAACAUCACACCUCCCAAGCCCCCAGUGUUUGAGGGCACCCUCACAACUGACGCUCCUCCCACCAGUGAAGAAAAAGGCAUGUCCAUUCCUGUCAUUGGGUCAAAAAAUACUGCAUCCAAACCCACUGUGCCCCCCGUCGGCAGCUCCAUACCUACAUUAGUGAGCCGAGGAGCCGACCCACUGAACGGAGCGCCCUCCAAGAGACCCCACUCUCCAUCUCUGGAGGAACAGGCCAAGAGGCUGAAAGAAACAGAAAAGGCCAGAAUCCACAUAGCUUGAACACACAACUAUAGACUGGAUGAAUGCAUAAAAACACAGAGGUGGGGCUUUGUUGUUAAGUCUAACACCGAGAAGUUGACUUCACACGGGGAGAGGGGGAGUGCGUUCAGGUUGGACAAUCCUAAGUGUGAAGCAGCAGGAUGGACACCUCACCUCAAAUCUCCAGUGAUAACAGAUUUGCCAGUGGAUAGGUGAUUUGGUCAAACCAGAUGUUGUCAGCACCUUCGGUCAAACUCACAGCCAGAGAGCAUUUAACACAACAGUUACGGAGAUAUCCGACAUGGGAACUAAAGCGGCAGUUUUUUUACUCGUCUUCUCCCUCAGUGUUUAAAUAUGUACACAGUACAGACGGAAAAUGAGCUGUUGUUCUUUUCAUUUUCCUCUUUUUUUUUUCCGAGUUAACAUGUUUUAAAACAGCCCAGAACAUUUAUCGAUGCUUGCUACACACACUUCCGGUGUAUGCUGAUGUUUUUUUUUUUCUUUUCUUUUCUUUUUUCUUUUCUUUUCUCCCAAACAGGAACCUGUACAGUAAAUGUUGAUGUACAUAACUUUUUUGUCUUAAAAAAAGCAAAAGAUCACUGUUAAGUCUUUUGAUCAUUCUAUUGUAGUUUUAUCUAAAAACGUGAAAAAAAAGUUUAAAAAAUUGUAAUUUUUUGUUUUUCUCUACUGCUUGUCCAAAAAAAAUUUGUCUCCAGCCCUGAAUAUUUUUUGUAAACACCGUAUAAGUUUGGAUACAGUUGCAGGGAGGAUUUAUUGAGGGUUUGCUUGGAUAUGACGGAAAUCACAACCACGACUCUUUAGACCACCACGACUACCCAAAGAGGAUUCCAGGUUAGUAUCGGACUUGCAGUGUGUAUGUAGGUGAUCAUAUUAUCCAGAUCCUUGUUUAACAGAAACGGUAGUAGACGCCCAGCGACAGCAGUGCUUCUCAGGUGCCGGUAAGAGCAAGAAAAUCAUCCUAACGACAACAAGAAACUGUCAGGCGUUUUCUGAAAGUGACGAAAUGGGUCUGAAGCUUCUCAGUCAUUGUUUAGCUCUCGGAAAGAUCAGUAUGAAACAAUGGAAAAACCAUAUUGUCUUGGAUUAAAAGAAAAGGUUGAGUUAUUCAUUAUCUGCCUACUUUUCAUGGUUUGUUCAAGCUUUAGAUGUCAGAUAGUUGUGGUAGACACAAAAAAGAAUCAAAUGAGUGCAGGACAGUUUAGAGUGCUCAAAUGUCAGUCUUGACUCUCGUGUACUGUACGUACCUGUGUUUAACAUGUAAAGUUAUCCUCAUGUGGUCAACAACCCAGCCAUCAGGAGGGCUAAACAAAGAAAAAGUAAUUUCUUCAGAUUACUGCUUGACCCCCCCACCCCCACCAGUUCACCGUGGUCUGUUGGCUAGUGAAGCUUGAAGCCAGGUCCUGCUUGUGAGCGCGUUUCAUGUCCAUGAAAGAGUUUGUGGUGCUUUGUGAAAAAAAAAAAAAAAAAAUGGUUCGAAGCUUUUUUGACAAGUUGUGCUGGUUUGUGUGUGUAUGCAUGUGUAUGUGGUUGACUGUGUGUGAGCGUGCAUGCAUAGAUGGUUGUUUAUGUGUCGGAGAGAGACGGAAUUCCCUUAGAUAUGGGUGUUAUGCGCCUCCUGUGGAGGUUCUUAAAAAGCAUCUCCUGGGGCCACAGGUGGGGGGUCAGGAGACAACUUUUUUUCCUGCCUUGGGCCCCAACCCUCCAUCUUUAUGGUCAGAAGCUGGGCAUCUUUGUGGUGGAUUUCAGCACAGAGGAUAUAUACAGUAUAUACAACAUGUGCUGCUGCAUUGUGUAACUAACAAGGCGAGAGUUAGGACGCAGGGACACAGGCUCUUUUUCCAGCAUCAGUUUCCCCAACGAAAUGUACAGAGAACAGUUUUUUCAAAAAGGCAUAUUCUUCAUUAUUGGGGGUUUUCUUAUCACUUUAUUUAUAUUUGCAUAUUUGUACCAUGUGAUCUUUUUUUUAAUAGCAUUCAUAGCAGGUAGGUCUUUUUUGAAUGAAAUCUGCACCACUCUGUUUCAGACAACCCAUGUUUUGCUGUUCGGAAACAUUUAACAAAAAGAGGUCAUUUAGAUGUUUGUUUCUAAAAUGUAUUGAAAGGGUAUUUUUGUAUGUGUUUAUCACUUCCUUUAAAUGAAUCCGUACACCCAUUAAACCCCUAAAAACUA